AUGUUAAAGAAGGUUCUGCUGCUGGCUCUUCAGAUGAGUCUCCUAGGAGCUGCUCUCAGUGGGAAUGUUCUUAUUUGGCCGAUGGAAGGCAGCCACUGGCUCAAUAUUAGGAUGAUUAUAGAUGAGCUGCUCAGGAAAGAGCACAACGUGACCGUCCUGGUGGCCUCGGGGGCAUUAUUCAUCACACCGACCUCUCAACCCUCUCUUACAUUUGAAAUAUAUGAGGUGCCCUUUGGCAAAGAAAGAAUAGAGGGAGUGAUCAAGGACUUUGUUUUGACAUGGCUGGAAAACAGACCCUCUCCUUCCACCAUCUGGAAAUUCUAUCAGGAGAUGGCCAAAGUCAUCAAGGACUUCCACAUGGUGUGCAGAGAGAUCUGUGACGGUGUCCUCAAAAACAGAAAGCUGAUGGAGAAGCUGGAGAGCAGCAAAUUCGAGGUUCUGGUAUCAGAUCCUGUGUUUCCUUGUGGUGACAUAGUAGCUUUGAAACUGGGGAUCCCGUUCGUGUACUCCCUGAGGUUCUCCCCAGCCUCCACUGUGGAGAAACACUGUGGAAAGGUGCCAUUUCCCCCCUCCUAUGUCCCCGCUGUCUUGUCAGAGCUCACCGACCAGAUGUCUUUCACUGACAGAGUAAGAAAUUUCAUCUCCUACCAUCUCCAGGACUACAUGUUUGAAAGACUUUGGAAGCUAUGGGAUUCCUACUACAGUGAAGCAUUAGAUGGCAGUCAUUGGUUAAAUAUUCAGAUAAUUCUAGAAGAGCUGAUGCAGAGAAAUCACAAUGUGACCGUCCUGGCUUCAACAGCAACUCUGUUCAUCAAGACCAGCCCAAAUUCUCCUAUGAGUUUUGAAGUGAUACCUGUUUCCUACAAGAAAAGCAACAUAGAUUCCUUAAUCGAACAUAUGAUAAUGCUGUGGAGAGACCACAGACCAACUCCUCUCACACUAUGGACUUUCUACAAAAACCUAGGAAAACUCAUAGAUUCUUUCUUUCAAAUUAAUAUACAACUCUGUGAUGGCGUAUUAAACAAUCCCAAGCUAAUGGCAAGACUUCAGAAAGGAGGCUUUGAUGUGUUGGUAGCAGAUCCAGUAACAAUCUGUGGUGACCUUGUUGCUCUGAAGUUAGGAAUUCCAUUUAUAUACACGUUGAGGUUCUCUCCAGCCUCAACAGUGGAGAGACACUGCGGGAAGAUCCCAGCCCCCGUCUCCUACGUACCUGCAGCCUUGUCAGAGCUCACUGACCACAUGACUUUUGGUGAACGGGUUAAAAACACCAUAUCUUAUCCUCUGCAAGAUUAUAUAUUUCAGUCCUACUGGGGAGAAUGGAAUUCAUACUAUAGCAAAGUUCUAGGGAGACCCACCACGCUGUGUGAGACCAUGGGCAAGGCGGAGAUGUGGCUGAUCCGGACGUACUGGGACUUCGAGUUUCCUCGCCCGUACCUGCCCAACUUCGAGUUUGUUGGAGGGCUGCACUGCAAACCCGCCAGGCCUCUGCCUCAGGAAAUGGAAGAAUUUGUCCAGAGCUCAGGAGAAGAUGGUGUUGUCGUGUUUUCUCUGGGAUCUAUGGUCAAAAACCUCACAGACGAAAAGGCCAAUCUUAUUGCGUCCGCCCUCGCCCAGAUUCCGCAGAAGGUUUUAUGGAGAUACAAAGGAAAGAAACCAGAUGCGCUGGGGAACAACACUCAGCUCUACGACUGGAUACCCCAGAAUGACCUUCUAGGUCAUCCCAAAACCAAAGCUUUUAUCACUCACGGUGGAACUAAUGGGAUCUAUGAAGCUAUUUAUCACGGGGUCCCCAUGGUGGGGGUUCCCAUGUUUGCUGAUCAGCCUGACAACAUCGCUCACAUGAAGGCCAAAGGCGCAGCCGUGGAGGUGAACUUGAACACAAUGACGAGUGCAGAUUUGCUCAGGGCCUUGAGAACAGUCAUUAAUGACCCUUCUUAUAAGGAGAAUGCUGUGAGGUUGUCUAGAAUUCACCAUGACCAGCCAGUGAAGCCCCUGGAUCGAGCGGUCUUCUGGAUCGAGUUUGUCAUGCGCCACAGAGGAGCUAAGCACCUGCGGGCUGCAGCCCACGACCUCACCUGGGUCCAGUACCACUCCCUGGAUGUGAUUGGAUUUCUGCUGGCCUGCACAGCAACUUCAAUAAUACUGGUCACGAAAUGCUGUUUGUUUUCUUAUCGAAAACUUGGCAAAACAGGAAAGAAGAGAAAGAGAGACUAG